AUGGCAAACAAGGCAAAUAAAGCGGAUUUACCUGCGGCAAAACCGGCAGGAGCGAAGGAAGUGGAAGUGAAAAUAGUUGAAUUGCCUGCUGCUAAAGGGGCUGAAUUGCCUGCUCCAAAAAUUGGUGACGAUGCCAAUGCCAAUGGUGAUAAUGACGAUGAUAAAGAUAAGAGAGUAAAGAUUCAAGUUGAAGGUGAAGACGAAGUAGCCGAAGCAGAAAUGGGUCGAAAGCAUAUGAAAAGAUUCCAACUGCCCAACCUACCGCGAUGGUGGCAAGCUGAUAUCAUUCAAUAUGCCUUCUCGCACCCGCACGUCCGCGCCAGGCUGGAGAAACACAUGGGAUCCAACUUGGUGCGGCUGACGGACAAAGCCUACAUGACGGAGCUGGAGGAUCGGAUCCGCGCAGUCAAUGAGGAGAACCUCAACAAGAGGAUCACCUCGCGCGUUAUGGAUGAGAUGGAAAGGCUCAAACGACUAAUCCUAGUCGGGAAGACGCCGCUGAAGGAGUGUCCACCAGAGUUAUUCCAUCACCCAGUCUUUGUGUUCUGGCGUAUGGUCAACCGAGAAGUAAAUCGGGCGUCAAAAAAACGUGCCGAUAUUUAUUAUAGAAAGUUGAAAGCCGCACAGAAACUGGACUUGUCCAUGGGCGAAGAACAUGUUCCAGAGGACGUAGUGGAUGGCAAAACGUUAACAGCAGAAGAGCUUUUAUCAAAAUGUCGUGAGGAAAUGGAGAAUCAGAAGCAAUUAGACCUGGAGAGAGGUGUUCGCUUCACCGACGAACAGUUUGCGCAACUCAAAUACGAGACAAAUGAUAUAAAAACUCUGAAGAACCUAACGACUGUCGAGGAGCUAUACGCCUUGGCGGAUAAAAUCAUCGGGACCAAACGUCUGUAA